AUUCCGAAUAUACACUAUAAAUUCUUGCUCCCAACUUCUCCACUCUAACAAACUUAACAAAACCCCAUUUUUCAAUCUCUCGCUCCCUCUCAUAUUUUCUCACUGAACAAUUUCCACUAACUCCAAAUUAACAUGGGUAUUUCAUUAAUCUCAUAUUUCCUCUCUCCAUUAAAAUACCCACCUCUUGAUUUCCUUCAAAAUCCAAUCUUUUUGAGAGAAUCCUCUGUUUUCAUACACUUAAUCCUAUUAUUUGGUAUAAUUCUUUCAUGGAUAUACAAAUUAUCCCGAAGAGUUGAGAAUGAACACUCCAAAGAUAGAAACUUUUGGUAUUAUAAACCUGUUUUCUUGCCUUCUUUAGCCCUUUCUUUAUAUAAUCUAGCUUUGUUUUGCUUAAAUUGCUUCUAUUGGUAUAGAAAUGGUUGGUUAGAUGCAAACCUAGUUACCCUUUUGGAUUUAACAUUGAGGGUGUUUGUUUGGUUGUUAGUUUCUAUUUACUUGCAUAAACAAUUUAUUAAGCGCUCAAAUGGGGUAAAUCUUCCCAUUUUAUUGAGAAUUUGGUGGGUUUUUUACCUUGUUGUUUCUUGUUAUUGCCUUGUGGUAGACAUUGUCCAACUUAGAGGUAAACAAAGUUUGCCAAUUCAAGUUUUGGUGUCUGAUAUUGUGUAUGUUAUGUCAGGGAUUUUUCUUUGUUGUGUUGGGAUUUUUGGGAAGGUUACUUGUGAGGAUAGUGAUCUUCAAGAGCCCUUUUUGAAUGGUAAUGGCAAUGUUAAUGGUAAUGGUAGAGUAGAAUCGAGUAAGAACGAAGGGAGUGGAACAAUUAGUCCUUAUUUGAAUGCUGGGUUGUUAAGUAACCUAACUUUCACUUGGGUAGGAUCUUUAAUCACCAAAGGGUAUAAGAAAACUUUAGACCUUGAAGAUGUUCCGUCACUUUCGGGUAAAGAUGAUGUUAAUGAAUCCCAUAUGAUUUUUAGAAAUUUUAUGGAGUCUUCUAGAGAUGGUAGUGAUAAGAAGGUGACUAGUAUGAGGCUUGUGAGGUCUUUGAUCUUAACAACAUGGGUCGAUAUUGUAUUGACGGCUUGCCUUUGCCUCAUUAGGACAUUAGCUUCUUAUGUUGGCCCCUACCUCAUUGACACCUUUGUCCAAUACCUUAAUGGGAAAAGGGAAUUCAAAAACCAAGGCUAUGUACUAGUUUCUGCAUUCUUUGUUGCAAAGCUUGUGGAAUGCCUUUCUCAGAGACAUUGGGUCUUUAGACUUCAAGUAGUUGGUAUAAGGGCAAAAGCUGUGCUUAUAGAGAGCAUCUAUAAUAAGGCAUUGACCCUCUCUUGUCGGUCGAAGCAAGGUCAUACGAGUGGGGAGAUGAUCAAUCUCAUGUCUGUGGAUGCUGAGAGAAUUGGUGAUUUUAGUUGGUAUAUGCAUGAUCCAUGGAUGGUCAUAAUUCAAGUUGCAUUAGCUUUGCUGCUCUUGUAUAAAAGUCUAGGGCUUGCAUCAAUUGCUGCACUUAUUGCAACCGUGAUCAUCAUGUUGGCCAAUUUUCCUUUGUCAACUGUGCUUGAGAAGUAUCAGGGAAAGCUUAUGGAAUCGAAAGAUAAGAGGAUGAAGGCUACAUCUGAGGUAUUGAAGAACAUGAGAAUUCUGAAACUUCAAGCAUGGGAGAUGAAAUUCUUGUCUAAGAUUGUUGAACUAAGAAACACUGAAAAUGGUUGGUUGAAGAAGUUUCUUUAUACUUCAGCAGCAACAACAUUUGUUUUCUGGGUUGCUCCAACAUUUGUGUCUGUUAUAACUUUUGGGACAUGUAUUAUCAUGGGUAUCCCUCUCGAUUCAGGGAAAAUUUUAACUGCACUUGCAACAUUUAGGAUUCUUCAGGAAGCCAUUUACAAUCUACCAGACACAAUCUCUAUGAUAAUACAGACAAAAGUUUCCCUUGAUAGAAUUGCCUCUUUUCUUUGUCUUGAUGACUUGGAACCUGAUACUAUAGAGAAAAUUCCUAGAGCUUCUUCUGAAGUUGCAGUUGAGAUAAAUGAAGGAAAUUUUACUUGGGACCCAUCUUCCCCAAACCCUACAUUGAAAGACAUAAAUCUUAGAGUUCAACAUGGUAUGAGAGUGGCAGUUUGCGGUACAGUUGGUUCCGGGAAGUCAAGCCUACUCUCUUGCAUUUUGGGAGAAGUACCAAAGAUCACUGGAUCUUUACGAUUGAGUGGUUCCAAGGCUUAUGUCCCACAAUCUCCUUGGAUUCAGAGUGGUAAGAUAGUUGAUAAUAUAUUGUUUGGUCAGGAAAUGGAUCAUGAAAGGUAUGACAGGGUUUUAGAGGCAUGUUCCUUGAAAAAGGAUCUCGAAAUCUUGUCUUUUGGAGACCAGACAGUUAUUGGUGAGAGGGGUAUCAAUUUGAGUGGUGGUCAGAAGCAAAGGAUGCAAAUUGCUCGUGCGUUAUACCAAGAUGCUGACAUAUAUCUGUUUGAUGAUCCUUUUAGUGCUGUUGAUGCUCAUACUGGUAGUCAUCUUUUCAAGGAAUGUCUGCUUGGACUUUUAGAAUCCAAGACUGUGAUAUAUGUCACACACCAAGUGGAGUUCUUACCUGCUGCAGAUUUAAUCUUGGUCAUGAAAAAUGGGAGAAUAUUGCAAGCAGGAAAGUACAAUGAUAUUCUUGCUUCAGGAACAGACUUCAUGGAACUUGUAGGAGCACACGAAGAAGCCUUAUCUGCACUUGAUUCAGUUGAGCCUGGAGUGAUAAAGCCGACAGUUCAUGAGGAAUAUAGUGGUACAAAACCCUUAGAAGAGGAGAGCAAUGUUGGUGAGGAUGGAAAAGCUGAUGACAUGGCAGGGAUUAAGGGACAACUUGUUCAAGAGGAAGAAAGAGAGAAGGGUAGAGUUGGACUUUCAGUUUAUUGGAAAUAUAUCACAACAGCAUAUGGAGGGGCUUUGAUACCUUUCAUAUUGUUAGCUCAGAUACUUUUCCAGACUCUUCAAAUUUUAAGCAAUUAUUGGAUGGCUUGGGCAACUCCUGUCUCGCCUGAUGCAAAACCUACAGUUGAUGAGAAAACUUUAAUAAUGGUGUAUGUUGCUUUGUCCGUUGGAAGUGCCUUUUGUAUCUUAGCAAGGGCAAGUCUCCUUAUGAAUGUUGCAUAUAAGACUGCUACUUCACUUUUUACUAAGAUGCACUCUUGCAUAUUCCGCGCCCCAAUGUCAUUUUUUGAUGCUACCCCAAGUGGGCGGAUUCUAAAUCGGGCAUCUACAGAUCAGAGUGCUGUGGAUUUGAGCAUUCCAUCUCAAGUUGGUGCUUUCGCAUUCUCUUUGAUACAACUUCUGGGAAUUAUUGCAGUGAUGUCAAUGAUUGCAUGGCAGGUUUUCGUGAUUUUCAUCCCUGUUAUUGCAAUCUCUCUAUGGUAUCAGCAAUAUUACAUAUCAUCAGCACGAGAACUUUGUCGAUUGGUUGGAGUAACUAAAGCUCCAGUGAUACAGCAUUUUGCUGAGACAAUAUCCGGAGCAACAACUAUUAGGAGCUUUGAUCAAGAAUCAAGGUUUUGCCAAACAAGCGUCCAGCUAGUAAACACAUAUUCAAGACCAAAGUUUUACAACGCUGCUGCAAUGGAAUGGCUUUGCAUUCGCUUGGACAUGUUAUCUUCAAUUACGUUUGCCGCCUCAUUGAUCUUUUUGAUCUCCAUUCCUGUAGGACUAAUUGAUCCUGGAAUUGCUGGUUUAUCUGUUACAUAUGGGCUUAAUCUUAACAUGCUACAAGUCUCGUUGAUUUGGAAUUUAUGUAAUAUGGAGAAUAAAAUCAUCUCAGUUGAGAGAAUCUAUCAGUAUACUUGUAUCCCGAGUGAACCUCCACUUUUUAUAGAAGAAAACAGACCAGUUUCGUUUUGGCCGUCUCUUGGAGAAGUCAAUGUUCAAGACCUUCAGAUACGUUAUGCUCCACACAUGCCACUUGUGUUACGAGGUAUUACAUGCACUUUCCAAGGAGGGAAGAAGACGGGCAUUGUAGGGAGGACAGGAGGUGGUAAAUCAACCCUCAUACAAGCACUUUUCCGCAUUGUUGAACCUGCAUCCGGGAAGAUAAUGUUAGAUGGUAUCGAUAUAUCUUCCAUUGGACUGCAUGAUUUAAGAACCAGAUUAAGUAUAAUCCCACAAGAUCCUACCAUGUUCGAAGGAACUGUCCGAAGCAACUUGGAUCCCCUUGAAGAAUACUCAGAUGAACAAAUUUGGGAGGCCCUUGAUAAAUGCCAACUUGGAGAUGAAGUUAGAACCAAAGAAGGGAAGCUUGAUUCAAUAGUUACUGAGAAUGGAGAGAAUUGGAGUAUGGGGCAAAGACAGCUUGUUUGUUUAGGCCGUGUUCUUCUUAAGAGAAGCAAAGUAUUGAUUUUGGAUGAAGCAACUGCAUCAGUCGACACAGCAACAGAUAACUUGAUUCAGCAAACACUAAGCCAACAUUUCUCAGAUUCAACAGUAAUUAUCAUUGCACACAGGAUUACAUCUGUUAUUGAUAGUGAUAUGGUGGUGUUAUUAAGCCAUGGACUUGUUGAGGAAUGCGAUUCUCCUUUGAAAUUGCUUGAAAACAAGUCAUCGUCGUUUGCUAAACUUGUGACAGAGUAUACAACAAGAGCAAACUCGAAUGCAGAGGAAACAACUUAAUACUACAGAGGGGUUCAUAGGGGGAAAAAACAUCUUUACAUAGGUGGAUGAUGAUGAUGAAGAAAUUCUUUGCAAUAUAAAGUUUGAUACAGUAAUACUGUUUUGUUGGAAUUAAGGAUAAUUCUCAUUUCAAAUAUACAAAUGAUAAUUAUCCUUAAUAGAAGUAGCAUGUAAGAGGGGAGAUUUGGAUGUUUAUAGCAAAAAUUAGUUGAUUACAAAUGGUUAGUUUUUCUGUAUCCAACCAAUUCUAAAAGAAUACUGUAGUAUUUUGAGACGAUGUAAAACUAUUGAUCUCGGCAUCCCCUCAUGAUUUAUGAAAAUUCCUGGUUUCGCCACUCCAUCAGUCACUCCACUACACUCGCUUCUAUUCAAGGCUUCAACAUUGGUAGUUUUUUGGAAAACGUGAGAACAAAGCAUCCUCAACUGCUGUAUGAGUCCAAAUUAUAUAAAAUUCUGCAAGGAGGAAGUAUGAACUUAUCUUCUGAAUUUGGGUUUUGAUUGUUUCUAAAGCUAAUGUUACGUAUCAUCUGGCUGCUUUGUUCCUUCCUGGAGCGUGAUAUUGUUCUUACUCUGAUUUUCUCUGAUGUUGGCACCUGGAAUUCCUAAUGUAAGAUGGUUUGGUGUUGAAGGAGAUUACAAUGUUCUAGUCAUAGAUUUACUUGGGCCCAGCUUAGAAGAUUUGUUCAACUUCUGUAGUAGGAAAUUUUCGUUGAAGACUGUUCUUAACUUCUUAUGCUUGCAGAUCAGAUGAUCAAUCGAGUUGAAUUUGUUCAUUCUAAGUCAUUCUUGCAUCGAGAUAUCAAGCCUGAUAACUUCCUCAUGGGGUUAGGGCGGCGUGCAAAUCAGGUAUAUAUGAUUGAUUUUGGUCUAGCAAAGAAGUAUAGAGACAGUACAAGUGUACAACCCAUCAACAUAUUCCUUAUAGAAUUUGGAGUGGUGAAUGCAAAAGUACAUGUCGAUCCACCCGUGGUGAGUUUGCAAUUUCAGUGUCCAUUGUUGGAUACAAGUGGUUACAUUACAUCUUACUGUGCCUUAUCUCUAAGAUGAAUGAAAAUAUGCUUGAUGCCGGGUAUCGUCUACCUGAUCACCUGGAAACAGUUGUAAUGGUUCAUAUGGCCCCUUUCAUUAGCGAAAUUCCAGUUUCUCAGAAGAUUUCCCUUACCCUCUGUUACACCAAAUAUUGAAACGAAAUCUCUGCUUCUCUUGCGUAAGGAUAUUUACCUGUGAAACUUCUAAUUGACUCAGCAGUUGCAAAUUCUAUGGGUGAGGUUGACAUGGUUUUUGUUGGGGCAGAUGGAGUGGUUGAAAGUGGUGGCAUAAUUAACAUGAUGGGAACUUACCAGAUUGCAUUGGUUGCUCACAGCUUGAACAAACCAGUUUAUGUUGCUGCUGAAAGUUACAAGAGUCACAGACUCUUGAGACUUAAGAAGUCUCUGACUUGCUAGAAGUAUCUGCUGUAGUCGCGUAGUUAAACAAAGCUUGCAACGCUAAUUGAAUAUCCAGAGUACCAGAGGCUUUUUAAAACUUGGGAGGCAUAUACUAGUAUUGAGUAAUAUAGGCUAGAAAUCAAGGUCAAAAGGUAUGUUAUGUAUUUCUUACUUUCUUUGAUAUGAGUAAGUUGAAGAUGAAUUUUCUUUUUAUUGGUUCGGUCUUUUUUAAAUGUUCAAAUAUAAUUCUCGUGUAUGUGAAAAUCAGUGGAUAGUUGCAGAAUAAGAGUUCAGCUACAUUUCUAACGAAGAGUUCUAACGAAAAACCACAUUGGAACGGUAGAGAUGAACAAAUGUUAACCAUGAACGAUAUUUAUAGCAUUUCAAAUUUCAGCUACAUUUCUAAAAAGGACACCAAAUUAAAAGUGAAUGAACAGAGAGAGUACAUUUGUUACCAUGUAGUCGUUCUCAUCCUUUCCAUAUGCCAUCAAUCCUCAAAUGAUUUACUUUACAAUAACAUUAAUUUUUAUGGACCGAUACAACAUGGAGUCAGGCCAAUAUUUCCAAACCAUCAUCAAACUAUGAAAAAUAAAUUGAAACUUCAUGAAAAACAAUAAAAAAGCACAAAACUUCAUCAUCUUAGUCUUUAGUUACUCAUUUAUAAACAACUCAUAUUUAGGCUAAAAUGAAAUUUUUGUCCCCAACUUUGAACUUAAGAAUCUAAGGACUCAUUUCAAACUUAUUACAUGAUUAAUGUGCUUAGUUUUAAGUUUUCAAGACUCACUCCAAUCUAUGUAUGCACAUUUAAGGCUCUUUGAGUCGUUAUAUUGUCAUAUUUAGGCUAAAAUGACAUUUUCGCUCCCAACUUUGAACUAAAGAACCUAAGAACUCAUUUCAAACUUAUUAUAUGUUUGAUAUGCAUAGUUUAAACUUUCUAAGACUCAUUCCAAUAUAAUUAUGCACAUUUAAGGCUCAUUGGGUCGUUAUAGGCCAUAUUUAGGCGAAAAUGACAUUUUCGCUCCCAACUUUGAACGAAACCUAAGGACUCAAUUUAAACCUUUUACAUGAUUAAUAUGCAUAUUUUUAACUUUCUAAGACUCAUUCCAAUAUAUUUAUGCACAUUUAAGGCUCAUUAGGUCGUCAUAGGUCAUAUUUAGGCUAAAAUGACAUUUUCGUUCCCAACUUUGAACUAAAGAACCUAAGGACUCAUUUCAAACUUAUUACAUGAUUAAUAUGCUUAGCUUUAAGUUCCCAAGAGUCACUCCAAUCUAUUUAUGCACAUUUAAGGCUCAUUGGGUCGUUAUAGGCCAUAUUUAGGCUAAAAUGACAUUUUCACUCCCAACUUUGAACUAAAGAAACUAAGGACUCAUUUUAAACCUUUUACAUGAUUAAUAUGCAUAGUUUUAACUUUCUAAGACUCAUUCCAUUCUACUUAUUCACAUUUAUGCCUCAUUGGGUCGUUAUAGGUCAUAUUAAGGCUAAAAUGAAGCAUUUUCGCUCCCAACUUUGAACUAAAGAACCUAAUGAAUCAUUUUAUACUUAUUACAUGUUUAAUAUGCAUAGUUUUAACUUUUUAAGACUCAUUCCAAUCUAUUUAUGCACAAUUAAGGCUCAUGGAGUUGUUAUAGGUCAUAUUUAGGCUAAAAUGACAUUGCUACAUAUUGCAAAUGUUUUUUGUGUUGUGAACUAUUCUUUCUUUGAAGUUUUUUCUUUAUCGAUCCUAACAGUGUAACAUUGGUUAACUUUGUAGGUAUUUAUUGCACGAUGAUACCAAAUCAGUUGAAAAGUCUCGGAUUGGUUUCCUUUGUCAACAAGUAUUUAUUAUUGGCCUGAGCGCUUGAUCGAGUUGGUUAUAGAACAAUCUUUUACAUUAAAAUGUAUGCGUACGUUGAAAUUGGAACAUAUAUUUAAAUGUAGUACGUGCA